GAGAGUAACUGUUGUGUGGUCUAUCUGUGUCUGAGUCAGUGUCUGUUGGCAGGUUACGUCACACAGACCGGCGCCCGCACCCCGCCAUGGUGUCCAGCCCACCUGAUGGCUCACAGGAAUUGCCCCAGCCAAUGAUGACAGAACCAGCUACAAAGGAGCUGGUCAAGGGUGUGUUGGAAGGCGAUGAGGCACUGGUGAGGUCUGCUCUUGCUGGGGGUGCCCGCCCUGAUGUCACCCUCCCCACUAAUGCUGGAUCGUCAGGGUGUCUGGUGUGUGCGGCUGCCAGCAAGGGCCACGACCACCUGCUGCCUCACCUACUUCAGGCAGGGCUGAGCAUAGAAGGUGGAGGCACCACUGACAGGACACCGCUGAUGCUGGCUGCCAUAGAGGGCCACACACAGACAGUGAAGGCGCUGCUCUCUCUCGGCGCGAACCCUCUGGCGACUGAGAGGCAAGACACACACACACACACACACACAGGAUGGACAGCCCUUCACUUUGCUGCAGUGCGGGGCUGGCAGGAGUGUGUGGCUGCCCUCCUGCCCGUCACCCCCCCCACUGCCGCACACCUGGAGGGACGCACACCGGUGCACGUCGCCAGUCGCCAUGGCCAGGUGCAGGUACUGGAGCAGCUGGCGGGGGCUGGCUGGCCCCUCACCGCCAGGGACAGUGAUGGCUGGACACCCCUGCACUGUGCUGCCAUGGGGGGACACGUAUCAGCUGUGCGGUGGCUGGUGCGGCGAGGUGUUGACCCGCGCGUGCAGGACAAGGCUGGUAACACCCCGCUGGCCGUGGCCGUGCAUCAUGGCCGCCACGAGGUGGUGACCUGGCUGAUCAAGAAUGGCGGCGGUGGCGUGACUGAGGGCAGCGAGGCUCAGCAUGUGUCUGUGGAGGCUGUGGUGAGUAAGUCAGGUGGCUGUGGUGUGACUGGCUGGCGGACCGGCGCUCUCUCCUCUCCCAACCAAUCACCUCCCAGGAAAGGCCUCACUCUCCCCCGCCAAGGAGGGCAGCCGACCAAUAGCGUGUCCCGGUCACUAGUCACGUGACAACCCUUCACUCAUUCUGAUCUCCUAUUGGCCGGCUGACUUAAUGGGACUCCGCCCCUUCCCCUCACUGCGCUCUGCCAUUGGGCUGACGGAAGGUGACUCCACCAACAGCACCACUGGCACAGACAGA